UGAAGAAAGGAAAUACAUAGAGACUUUUGGCCAAGGUCGAAACUAUUCCUUUUCUUUCUCCAGUUUCUGAGACUCCAAACGACUUCCAUUUGUGUCUCUCCUCCUCUCUGCUCAGCUUCUUCCACUUCUUCUCCUUCACACGCUGUCCCUCUUAAACCUCCAUUUCUGCAUCUCUCUCAAUCUCUCUCUUGUUUCCUUCUUCAAUACUCUUUGAAACUGAUCAAUUCUUUUCUUUUGCUCUGCAAAACAUAGAAAUGGCGCUCACGGGAAGAAAGGAAUAACAAUGAGCAGCACGGAUUAAAGAGUGAAUUAAAUUUAUUAAGUUAAUAUUUUAAAAAAAGAAACGAAAAGUAAGUAAGUAAAUAGAGAUAUGCGAACGCUUUGCGACGUAUGCGAGAGCGCCGCUGCGAUCCUCUUCUGCGCCGCCGACGAGGCCGCUCUUUGCCGCUCCUGUGAUGAGAAGGUCCAUUUAUGUAACAAGCUUGCUAGUCGACAUGUUCGUGUUGGGCUUGCUGAUCCUAGUGAUGUGCCCCGUUGUGACAUAUGUGAAAAUGCACCUGCUUUCUUUUACUGUGAGAUAGAUGGUAGUUCCCUCUGUCUGCAAUGUGAUAUGAUUGUGCAUGUUGGGGGUAAAAGAACCCAUGGGAGAUAUCUUCUAUUGAGGCAGAGAGUUGAGUUUCCAGGGGACAAACCUGGCCAUUUGAAUGAACUUGGACAGCAAGCUCUUGAUCAAAAUGAAGUAAGGAGGGACCAAAAGCUGGCAUGUAAACUCAGGUUGACAGACAAUAAGCAAAAUCACAGAGCAUCCCCCAUUUCAAUGAUGGAGAAUAACACUGAUGGUGAUGGCAAGAUUGACAACAAAUUGAUUGAUCUUAAUGCCAGGCCUCAGCGGAUACAUGGGCCAAAUUCAACUAACCAGGAACAAGGUUUAGAUGUUAUGAGUGGUACUAAUCAUGAAUCUGCAAGUGUGGUUCCUGCUGGAUCCUUCAAAAGAGAUCCUGAAAAGUAAGCAAAGGUAAUUUUGGAUCCCUUAGUGACAAGUUGAGUAGCGCAACCUGAUAUAGCCUGUGUUGAUUGUUUCCACUGGCUGAACACACCCACUGCCUGCUGGUCAUUGCUUUUAUAUUCUAUAAAGUUGUGGUGAUUCGUUUGGAAUGAAUUUUUUUUCCCCUUUGAAAAUCAAAUGAAAUAGGUUUCAUUACUUUGGAGCAAUGCAAAUGAGGCAAGUCUCUCUUUAAACUGACAUUACAAGCUACCCUGUCUGCUGUCAACAUGUUUGCCUAUUUUGUAGCCCACUUAAUCUUUGUCUCAUCCGCAAUUGGUGGUAAUAACCAAAGAAUGUCCUCUAUGUGGAAAGAGAUUCUGGUACUAUUGCAAUUCUAAGGAACCAGUGGUUAUUAGAGGAAUAGAGUUUUAUUCAAAUCC